ACAUAUUUACUGCUGGAAUUUUAGCCUUCUUCAGCAUCAUUUCAGGUGGGGAAAGAGCAGAGCAAUAUUCCUUUCUAACAGCCGUUAACUGUAGACCACAAAUAUGAAAAUGAUGUAUCUUCUUAUACUUAUGAUGAGCACCACCGUAUCUGGAAGUGUUCUUGAUUUCAAAUGGAAACUGUGGAAAUCCCGCUAUGCAAAGAGCUACUUAAAUAGCACAGAGGAGCUACUACGGCGACAGAUUUGGGACACCAACUGGAAAAAAGUUAUGCAUCAUAAUAACAGAGCUGAUAAUGGCAAAGAGAGCUACUGGCUGGAAAUGAACCAGUUUGCUGACAUGACCAUUGAAGAAUUGGAGCAGGAUAAUGAGCUCAUGUCUUGGGACACAGAAGGAGUACCUGUAAGAAUACAAGAUGAAGUUAAUGAAUCUGUUCCUGCGGAGUUUGACUGGAGAAAGAAAGACUGUGUUACACAGGUUAAGUCUCAAGGAAAAUGUAACUCCUGCUGGGCUUUUGCUGCAGUCGGAACAAUUGAAUCAAGACUCUGUGCUAAAACCGGCCACCUUUUCACAUUAAGUGAGCAGCAGUUGGUAGAUUGUGACUCAGGAAAUGACGGCUGUUCACCUGGUAUACGUGCUCAAGCAUUUGAGUACAUUAAAACACAAAAAGGACUUAUGAAAGACAGUGACUAUCCAUAUAAAGCUAUGAAAGGUCGAUGUAACUUUAAUACAAGACAUCUAGUGAAUGUUGUUAUCGCAGAUAUCAGAAAUGUUCAUGCAAGUGAUAUUGCAAAGGAUAUUUUUAUGUAUGGGCCCACAUCGUCAGGCAUUGGUAUUAUGGAUGACUUUCACCUCUACUCAAAAGGAAUAUAUUCGAACCCUGCCUGCUCCACUGCUGAAACUAGACAUGCUAUAAUCAUUAUUGGAUAUGGGCCAGGCUACUGGACUGUGAAGAACAGCUGGGGAGAAACUUGGGGCGAUAAUGGCUAUUUCCAUAUUAAACGAGGUGUCGACAUGUGCGACAUUGAGAAAAGUGUCUACAGCCCUUACUUGCAGUAAAUUCAGAAAUACACUGAAUGUAUGGUGAAAUGCGGGCAAGAAAUCUAACAUGCUUUGCAAAGUGCCUACUAUGCUAUCUCCAAGAGAUCGAAGGCCAUUUUGACUGCAGUUGGCUUCAAUGAUUGUAAAGUAUCCUUAAAGACCAGAUAAUCUCAAGAUUAAAAAUAUCAAUCAAGUCACCUUCCAGAUCAUGAACUAUAUGAUUAAUCGUAUUUCCACAGCAAUUGUUUUAAGAUGUAACUUCGGAAAUAUAAGCAUUGACAAUCUUUUUGCAUCUUUAUAAUCAUAAUGUUUGAGUCAUUUGAAGAAGUCAUUUGCAUAUUUGUGUUUGGAUAUAGAAUUUUACUUUAAGUGCAGUGAGCUGUAGUGUGAACAGUGCUAGGCGUUAUAUAUGCAAACUUUCACAAAGAAACCUUGUGCAAGCAAAUAUCACAAAAAGUCUUGUAACCAGAGCAGAGCAGGAAUGCCAGAAUGGAAAGUUCAGUCGUAGCUUAUAAGGAAUAAUCCAAUGUUUAUUGACCUCAGACUCCUCUAACAGUUAAAGAGUACUACACAUACCUCUCACUUUCUUGGUGCAAGAAAUCUGGGCAAAGCCUAAAAUAAUAGUGGUACAAGGGCCCAAAAAUAGGGACAUAUUUUAAAUAUUGAUUUUGUAAAUUUAGAAAGUUGAUAGAAUAACAGGAU